GCGCUGUGCGGCUAUUCUAGUACCAGUUUGUAUAGGUGUUCUGUGCUAGUACACUCUAGUGCGGCAAAGCUAAACCCGCUUGAGCGUCUGAGCCCGUUUUUCUUCGACCACACCGUCGUAUUCUGUUUUAAAGUCACAUUUAUAACAAUGUGGUUCGAAAUACUGCCCUCCAUGGGUAUCAUCGUCGCUCUGAUGUCAAUUCCAAAUCUGACCGCUAAGCCAAUAUCGUGGCUUUACGACGGCAAGCCUUACAGGCGGAUCCUGUAUGAUUACAGAUAUCGGGAGGAUGCCAUGCGGGACGAGCGGCUGAGUGGGCAUAUAUACACGACCAUCGCCGUGCAAGACCCUGUGGACAUAGGGCAUAACUUCAUACUUCCUCCUCUCCUGUGGAUCCGCCCCACGAGGCUUUGAACUUGGUCGGAAGGACUUCAACAGGGACUCGGCAACAGCCCGAAGAAGGGCCAACAGAAAACCGGCCGACCGAAGGCGAUCAGCUUGAGCAUCAAAACUAGACUGAGCCUUGUGUGGGCAGGACUUCACUAACGAAGCC